UUCGACCUUGCGUAUAUCGCGGUAAAUUUGGACAAGGAACGUACUCGAAACCUUGCUUCAUUAGCUUAUGGUUUCUAGGGUCAAAUUGUUUAGGUUUUCUGCUUGUCAUUGUUAUUUAUUCUCGAUCGCUCUUACUGUCAAAUGCAACUUUACUUAACUAAAUUUCUCACACUUACCCAGUACUCAACGUCCCUCAGGCCAGAUGCGAACCGCUAUACUCAAUAAUAUGAGAUUCCCUCAUAAAGAUAAUUAGGCAGUAGACAUAAUCUGGGAAGUAUUCUUAAAUGUCUUAUCUUGAAGCUUUUCCAACAUGUACAAAGGUGAAAAGAUGUGUACAGUCAGUCUGCUCAGAAACAUUCGAAAAAGAUUUGAAAUAUCCCCGCCUGUUGGAUAAAUCAAGAAAUAAUAUAAUCCAUACUCCAUCAUUAUGCGAUGUUAGUUACAGUUCAACAAACCGUUUAAAUGAAUUUGAAAAUGCCAACAAUCCUUCAUGUAGUCAUGAUCGACUUGCUCAGUUAUCCGCUUUAAUUGAUCAAUGUUCACAUGGCGAAUUGUUGCAUAUAAAAAAAACUAUAAAACCAUUGUUGAAACGAGAUUUUAUUGCAUAUUUACCUGUUGAAAUUUCUUUACAUAUCUUACAAUAUUUAUCGCCUCGAGACAUAUUUCAUUGCGCCCAAGUUUCCAAAACUUGGCAACUUGUUUGUGAUGAUAAUUUGCUUUGGUAUCGUUUGUGUGUAGGUGCUGGAUUGUUUAACACAUUAUUCAACAAAUCCACAAUGAACUUAUAUUCAGGUACCCAUCUGGAUUGUCUUUUAUGUGUAAAUAAACCUACAAAUUCACAUUGUAAUGAGACAAAAUCCCUUUUUGAAAGCUCUAUCAUCAAUAAUAGUAAUAUCACUGAUGAUGGUGACAAUUUUAAGGUACAUGAUUGUGAUGUGUCCAUGAAAAGUGAUCAUAUUCAAUCUUUUGACACUGAUAAUGAAUCAACUUUUGCAUUAUCUUAUUCUGGUAAUCCUUCAAAUUUUUUUAAUUUGAAUGAGGUCAAUUGGAAGUCUUUAUAUCGUCAAGAUUUACAUACUCAGUGCAAUUGGAGAAAUGGUGGACCAUGGCAUCCUAUCAUUGUACCAGCUCAUCAUAAUCAUGUCAUCACUUGUUUAGAAGUAUAUGAAGAAUGGGUAAUCACUGGGUCAGAUGAUUCAAGUAUCUGUAUAUGGGAUAUUAAUACUGGACAGUGUUUAAUCAAUUUAUUCGGUCACCUUGGUGGUGUUUGGUCAAUGACUGUUAUACCACGUCAAUUGUUAUUUCUGUCAGAGCAAAAACAAUUAUCUCAGCAUCCUUUACUUAUAUCUGGUAGUUGUGAUCGAACAGCUCGUGUAUGGCAAUUAGAUGGUCAACAUUGGCCUUGUGUAGCCACGUUGUUUGGACAUCAAUCAACUGUUCGAUGUUUAGCUAGUCAAAAGUUACAUUCUAGUCCAAAAUUUGUUGUUACCAAUUCGAACAGUUAUCAUCGUUCCACAGUUGUAUAUACUAAUGAUAAUAGUAAUAGUAUUGAUGAUAAUACUUCUAAUUCUACUAUUAAUAAUGAUAAUGACGAUGAUGGUGUAGGAGAUGAUGAUUCAGAUAAAGAAUUAACUCACAAUAUAUUUCAUAAACAACAAACCCAUUCUAGUCAUGAAAGCACGCAAAAAACAACUUCCAAUAUUCAUCAGGCCAACAGUAGUAGCAGUGACGGUAGUAGUAAAUUGUUUCAUCCAAUUCUAUCAAACAAUGAGUCUAUUUCGACGUUUAAAAUGGAGAAACAACAGCAAACUUUUCAAACUGGUCACUUAGUUGUUACAGGUAGUCGUGAUACAACUUUACGUCUAUGGAAUGUAUUAACUGGUGAAUGUAUACAAGAAUUCCGAGGUCAUCGUGGAGCAAUACGUUGUGUUCAGUUUACUGGUGAUCAAAUUGUUUCAGGUAGCUAUGAUUGUACAAUUCGUUUAUGGUGUGCAUUACAAGGUCAUUGUCUACGUGUUUUCAGUGCACAUACAAAUCGUGUUUACACAUUAUUAUUUGAUGGUUAUCAUAUUAUCAGUGGUUCUUUGGAUACGACUAUACGUAUAUGGAAUGCACAUACUGGUGAAUUGAAACAAACUUUCUAUGGUCAUCGUUCAUUAACAAGUGAAUUAGCAUUUGGGUCUGAACAAAAUAUUCUUGUAUCAAGUAAUGCCGAUGAAACAAUACGAGUUUGGCAUAUGAAUAGUGGAAAGUGUGUACAUGUUCUUGCUGGACCUCAUAAACACCAAUCAGCUGUUACAUGUGUUCAAUUAACUCGUAAUUUUAUAAUAUCAUCUGGUGAUGACGGUACAGUGAAAUUAUGGGAUAAGCAGUCUGGUGCGUAUAUUCGAGAUCUUUUACGCCUUGAUGGAGCUGGACGAGGCGGUGUUAUCUGGCGUAUAGUUGCUUCUGAAGAACGUUUAAUAUGUGCUGCUGGAAGUCGAAUUGGUAUGGAACCGACAAAAUUAGUUAUUCUACAGUUUCAAGAACCAAAUCUUUGUUCAAAACACUCGAACACUAAUAAUAGUAGUAAUAAAAUAUCUCAUAUCUGUCGGCCUAGACAUAAAUAUGCUCCAGAACCGAGACUUAGUCAACUAAUAUGCACCAAUUUCAGUACAAUCUAGUAUUUUACCAUUACUUGUUGGAGAUAAUUAGGUUAAAUUUAUUAACUGUUUUAGAUACAUUUCAAUGAAAAGUGUUUGGAGAUUCAUAUUUCAUUGAAUUGUGUACAUAAAUCAGCUUGUUUACUCGUUUGGUCUUCUGAUUAUUGAUAAUUCUUUUUAAAGGUAUGUAUUAGCGAUAAAGUUGUCACAACCACAUCUAAUCAAUAAUCACACAGAGUAUGUCAUUCAUCUGCUUGAUGAAUAUUCAAACCCUUAAAAACUACAAUUACAGCUUCUCAGUGACAGGUGCAAAGUUCAGUAAAUUCUCAACAAUAAAGAAAUUUCCAAUUCUUACUCAUUGGGAUAUUAAAAAUAUAUC